AAAAAAAAGAGAGAGCAAUAGAUAGAGAUUCGUAUGAUGUUGGGUGCUUGAGCUGCGCUGCUUCUUUUUUUUUUUGGCUGUUGGUUAGAUUUUGUUUUGGUGUGUUGCUGAUUUGAGUGGUGCUCACUGCUUACCAUUAAAUGCCAAUCAAAGCCAACAUAGAAGAAAACAAAUUGAGGAAAGUGGUCGUCUUGGAGAUCUGUGUUUUUCAGCUUUAAGGUGGGGAAAACAUGAUGAGGUUUCAUUACCAUAGUCAUUGUUAUCAGCCUCUUCGGAGAGAAGCAGUUUCUGGGUUAUUUCUGUUGCUUUUCCCAGUUCUUUGGCGUUGUUUGUUCACACCAUUCGCCCAUGCUUCCCCUUCUACAUUCUCGGAAUGGAAUGUUCCUAAACCUAGACAUUUAUCUUUACUCGGGAGUGCCUUAGAACGCGAAAGUUCCAAUGGAGAGCAGUCUGAUCUCUGGGCUCCUUUGGCCGACCAAGGGUGGAGACCGUUUAUUGAAUCUGCAAAUGUCCUCUCAUUGCCACAGAAAUCUGAAGGAUAUCUUCAGGUGUUUCUUGACGGUGGACUCAACCAGCAAAGAAUGGGGAUAUGUGAUGCCGUUGCGGUUGCAAAAAUACUGAAUGCAGCACUUGUGAUCCCACAUCUUGAAGUAAAUCCCGUUUGGCAAGACUCGAGCUCAUUCAUGGAUAUAUUUGAUGUGGAUCACUUUAUUAAUGUAUUGAAGGAUGACGUUUCAAUAGUCAAAGAGUUGCCUGAUGAAUUCUCUUGGAGCACAAGGGAGUAUUAUGCCACUGCUACUCGGGCAACCAGAAUUAAAAGAGCACCCGUUCAUGCAUCUGUAAACUGGUAUCUCGAGUAUGUCUUGCCCGUAUUACAGAGUAAUGGGAUUGCUGCGAUUUCUCCAUUCUCUCACCGUUUAUCUUUUGACAACAUGCCGAGUGAGAUCCAGAAAUUACGUUGUAAAGUCAACUUUAAAGCUCUUGUGUUUGUUCCGCACAUCAGAGCACUUGGAGAUGCAAUUGUCCAUCGCCUCAGAUAUCCUCCUGGUGAAAGUGAAGCAGUUAGCAGUAACUAUCUCUGGGCGACCACUGAUCAAUAUGAAAAACAAAAGCCCCACAAAUUUGUUGUGGUACAUCUUCGGUUUGAUAAGGAUAUGGCAGCCCAUUCAGCCUGUGAUUUUGGUGGGGGUAAAGCUGAAAAAUUGGCUCUGGCCAAGUAUCGACAAACAAUUUGGGGAGGGAGGGUUCUCAAUUCUCAGUUUACUGAUGAAGAGUUGAGAAGCCAGGGGCGUUGCCCGUUGACUCCUGAAGAAAUCGGACUGCUGCUAGCAGCUUUGGGUUUCGACAAUAGUACCCGACUUUAUCUUGCCUCGCACAAGGUAUAUGGUGGGGAAGCUAGGAUUUCCACCCUACGUGAGCUGUUUCCGCUGAUGGAAAACAAAAAGAGCCUUGCCUCUUCGGAAGAAAGGGUUCAUAUAAACGGAAAGGCUUCUUUGUUAGCUGCAGUUGAUUACUAUGUUGGUGUGCAUAGUGACAUCUUUGUCUCUGCAUCUCCUGGGAACAUGCACAAUGCAUUGGUGGGACAUCGAACUUUCGAGAACAAGAAGACCAUAAGACCAAAUAUGGCUUUGUUGGGCCAACUCUUCCUUAACAAAAACAUUACAUGGUCUGAAUUCCGUCAGGCAGUGGCAGAAGGGCACCAGAACAGACUAGGGCAACUCAGGUUAAGGAAACCAAAACAGUCCUUGUAUACAUAUCCUGCGCCUGAUUGCAUGUGCCGAGCUUAAGUUCCUAAUGCUCAGUUAUCUAUUUGCUAAAAGAAGUGAGAUUACUAUCAAUAUCUUGUUGAUUUUACUACUGCAGCUAUUAUUUGCAGCUUGUGCUAUUGAUGUCAUGAAUAAGCGGUAGCCCAAUUUCUCUCCCUUGGAUAUAUGCAUUACAUUUAGUGUUCUUAGUAGGUAUUGUUGUAGCGUAUUGACAGUGGUAUUUACAUCGAGAAGGGGGCUAUCGGCAUCAAAUUUAUCGGGGAUCCUAUUUAGCAUGGACUGUGGAGUAGAGUAUGUUACAUAAGUCGUCGAUGGAUCUCAGCUUUGUUUGUUGCUUAUCUCCACCGGUGAAGCUGUCUGUACAACCUUUUUUAUUGUAUCAAAAUUGCAUCAAACGUCUAUGUUUUUUGCAACAGAUUUUUUGA